GCGUGUGUGUUUUUACUUCACACGUUAAAGAUGUAAAUAAAAUGUAAAUAAAUUUAUUUGCCGUCACACAGGGCCCAAAUGGCACGUUGUACACGUCACAACUCUGUCCGUAUGAUGUCAGAUUGCUGCCGAAUAACGUUCGCAAGUCAUCGUUUCCAUAGUAACGGUUCUUUCACACGGAAGUGAAACGGGAGAAAUCGUGUGACGUUGUGUCGCUCUUUCCGUUAACAUUUCUGGGAAGAAUCUCCUGUGUCCCGGAGUCAGAAUCGAGCCGAAAUGUUUCAUUACAGCAAAAAUGUCAAAUAAUCGACAUUGCUUUUUUUUUUUUUGUAUAUCGGGGGUCAUUCAGAAUUUUUUUGUUAUUUGCAAUUAAAGAACAACACAUGUAUUUUCUCUAUUUGUUUAAUCACGCAGAGUUGUAUUCCUCAUUCUAAUCUCAAAAUACCCAAAUCUGAUCAAUAGGCUGUAGUGCUUAAUAUUUCCAAUCUAACAUCUGGAAUUUGUUUACUGGUCUGAAUAUGAUGCAAAAUCACAGCAACAUAUUCAGAAAUCCAGUAGACCAUGGUGCAGGACAUGUGUGAGACUCCCGUGCUUAGAUGAAGCUCCUGAUGGUUUAUCAGUUUUUCAACAUCUGGAUUGUUUGGCGGAACCACACCCACAUUACUCAAAGCAAAAACAAUGAGAUGGAAGAAACUUGGGUGUAUUUUACAUAUUUUACAUUUAGAGCAAAAAAUUUGUUUAAACAUAAUUGGAUAUUUUUUCUCAUUUUCAAAACAAUGAACCAAUGAACGCGGUCGUUUCCGGCUCCUCUGCAGCUAGAAAAAGUAGGACGUGUCCUUUAAUAAAUCUAUGCGUGAUUGAUUUCUAGAGCAGCUGCACCACAGAGGGUUGAUUUCAGCAGUGCUUUGGGAUUUGCUCCGUGGCGUUGAAUAGUUCUAAUUCCAUAACAUGUCCUGUUCAGCGAGGUGUAAAGAUGGUGGACCAGCGAGCUCUGAAGAAUCCCUACUUGGAUUUUAAUGGACUUGAGAACUCACAGGAUCUGUUCGACUCUCAUGGCAAACUCACGCCCACUUUUGCCGGUCGUAUUACCGGUAAAAUUAAAGAGCUGCUGGCCGUGAUGGAGAACGGGCUGAAGACGGCGGAUCCGAACGACUGCACAGGAUACACGGGCUGGGCAGGCAUCGCCGUGCUCUACCUGCAUCUUCACUCAGUCUUCGGUGACCGUGCGUUCCUCCAGAGGGCGCUAGAGUACGUGGACCGCAGCCUCAGGAGUUUAAACCAGAGAUGGGUGACUUUUCUGUGCGGAGACGCCGGGCCGCUCGCCGUGGCAGCCGUUAUUUAUCACCGCUUGCAGAGGACCCAGGAAUCAGAAAACUGCAUCGACAGGUUGAUGGAGUCACACAGAUCAGUAGUGAAAGGGUCAGGUGGCCUCCCGAACGAGCUGCUGUACGGCCGUGUGGGCUACCUCUUCUCCCUCAUCUUCAUCAACCAGCAGUUCCAGCAGGAGAAGAUCCCUGCACAGUACAUUCAGCAGAUCUGUGAUGCUGUGUUGGCGUCGGGUCAGAAUCUGGCUCAGAGGAUGAGGGUGGAGCAUCAGACUCCACUCAUGUACGAGUGGUACCAGGAGCAGUAUGUGGGUGCCGCUCACGGCCUUUCAGGCAUCUAUUACUAUCUCAUGCAGCCUGGUUUCAUCUCCAACCACAGCCUCAUGACAGCCCUCGUGAAGCCCAGCGUUGAUUAUGUGUGCUAUCUGAAGUUCCCAUCAGGUAAUUACCCCCCAUGUGUCGGCGACUCCCGUGAUCUCCUGGUUCACUGGUGCCACGGCUCUCCUGGAGUUAUCUACAUGCUUCUGCAGGCCUACAAGGUGUUUGGGGAGCAGCAUUACCUGCAUGAAGCCAUGCAGUGUGGUGAAGUGAUCUGGCAAAGGGGUCUCUUAAAGAAAGGUUACGGCUUGUGUCACGGAGCAGCAGGAAACGCCUACGCCUUUCUGGCUCUCUUCAAACUCACCCAGGAGGCCAAGUACCUCUACAGGGCCUGCAUGUUUGCAGAUUGGUGCAUGAACUAUGGGAAACAUGGCUGCCGCACCCCAGACACUCCUUUCUCUCUUUUUGAAGGAAUGGCCGGAACCAUUUACUUCCUGGCUGAUCUCCUGCAGCCGACGAUAGCCAAGUUUCCAGCUUUCGAGGUGUAAAGGUUCACUGCUACACAACGUCGCAGCAUAAUCAGCGGCAACCUGGGGUUUUUCUCCAGAAAAGGAAACGCACACUAAUACACACACACACACACACACACACACACACACGUUGUUGUUGCUCCCCAUGCUGUAGGGAAUUGCGCAUGCCUAUUGUACGGUCCUACUCGCUGUCCAUGUUCAUGUUUCAGGGUUAUCUCCUUUUUGAAAAUGAACAUUGUAAACUUUUUAGUCAGGAAGUGGUGAGCUAAAUCUGUGCACUAUAACUGCGCAUGAAAUCCUUUGCAUUUUGCAUUAGCUUUGGUGAAUUAUCGAUUAUUAGUCAAGAAAUAGGAAUGUGAUAUUUUUGUAUUUUGUCCCAGCAUUUGCUUUUUCUAUUACAGUGAGCUGUUUAGCAGUUAUGAUGUUAGGCACUUGUACUGCACUUUAAGUUAAAUUUGUCAUUAUUUCUUUAGUUUAUGCAAGUUUAUUCUUCAAGUCUUACUAGUAACUGAUCAAUAUAGAUCUUGUCUCUUGAAAGGAAGUAACACUGGGUGUUUUUUCUUCAGUAAAAUACAUUUCUGCUCCCGAAAUAAAAGCUAAAUAAAGAUGA